AUGUCGGAAGGGCCGGUGCAAAUAUCCUCCAAGGAGCAGUUCGAUGACAUCCGAAAGAGCUCAAAACUCCUAGUAGUCGCCUUCUUCGCCGUUGGGUGCGCUCCUUGUCGACGAUUUGCUCCGACAUACCAGACGCUGGCUCAGACAGCUUCCCGUCCGAGCAUCCUUACAUUUGCCUCUGUCGAUGUCGAAAGAGCCGAGCCCCUUGCCAAGGAAUACCUGAUCACUGCACUGCCGACUAUCCUACUGUUCCAGGAGGACAAGCUUAUACAAUCGGUCGAGGGUGCUAAGGCCUCUGACAUAAAACAAAUCAUUCUCAACAUGUAUGCUGAGUACCUGUCUAUCCAUCGCGGUCGCCCUAGUACUCCCAUCAGCGGCAGCGGUUCAUGGGUCGGCGCAGAGAUCCCCCGUGGAUACAGCGAUAUUUCCGAUCAAGUAGAGAUAGGCAACUGCGAGCUCUCGAAUGCGGACGAGGGUGCCGGGACUGUCAAGGUAUUGUUCGACGUCACAAAGCCUAGCGCUUUGAGCGGCGACGACAGCGACGCAGCCAAUGACUACGUUCAGAGCGGAGCGGACGACCAGCUACUUCUCUUCAUCCCUUUCCAGGGUACAGUCAAACUUCACACAUUACAGGUGGGCCGAGACAAAAACCGCAGUCGGCUGCGAGCUAAAACUAAUGGGAGCACACAGGUUACGUCUCUUCCGCCCAAGGAUCAAGAUGACGUCUCGAGACCUGAGGUGAUUCAGCUAUACAUCAACAGGCCUCAGCACAUGGACUUUAGUGAAGCCGACGACACGGAGCCGACCCAGGCCAUCACGCUUACUCCGGAGGAUUGGAACACCCAAGGCACUGCUAGCAUCAACCUGCGCUUUGUCAAGUUCCAAAAGACAACCACGCUAAUCAUAUACGUGCAAAGAGGCGAGGAGGGGGCUGACGCCGUGCGACUUGACCGGAUCAAACUCAUUGGCGAAGCCGGUACCAAGCGCGAAAUGGGAAAGCUCCAGAAGGUGGGAGACGAUGAAUAA